GCGCCGUCCCCGGGGAGCCGCCACGUUCGUCGCCGGGGCCCGAGGAGGGCGGGGGGUCCUCGCAAGUGAGCCGCUCAGCCGGGAAGCGGCCAGCGGCUCCUCCGGGCAGGCGACGGGCCGGAGCUCCCACGCGGCCGCCGUCUGGCUCCGAGCGGAGGGCGGCGGCCGGGGAGGCCAUCCGGCUCUGGGGCAGAAGGGGCGCGCCGGGCCGGGGGUCGCGCCUUCGCCCCCAAAGCCCCUGGCAGGGCGGCGAGGGGCCUCCCCGGGAAGCGCGGAGAGGCCCGGAGCGGGGCACGAACGGCUGGGGCGGCAAAAGCCCCCCCCCCACAGCUGGAGCCGGCGGGGAGGGCCUCGCGCCCCCUUCCUCCCCCCCUCCGUCCGCCCCGCAGGAUGGCCUCCCGCCUCCUGCACCGGCUGCGGCACGCGCUGGCCGGGCCCGGGGAGGCCGAGGGGGGGGCGGCCGGGGGCUGCGCCGGGCCGGAGGACUGUCCGGAGAGCUCGGAGCUGGAGGACGACACGGAGGGGCUGGCCACGCGCCUCAGCGGCACCCUCAGCUUCAGCAGCAAUGAGGAGGACGAGGAGGAGGACUGCGAGCGGGGAGCCCGGCUGGGGGGCGACCUGGACUUGCCCGGAGAUGCGGCGGAGAUCGGAGAGUCCGGCUCCCCCCUGGCCGAGCAACGGGGCAGCCACCUGCUCACCCGGCAGCUGCAGGAGCUCUGGCGGAAAUCCCGGGGCAGCCUCGUUCCCCAGCGCCUCCUGUUUGAGGUCACCAAUGCCAGUGUGGUCAGCGAGCGCAGCUCGAAGCACGUGCUCUACACCAUCUACUUGAUCCGGGCAGGGCAGUUUGACCACAUGCCCGCCGCCGUCGCCCGCUGCUAUUCUGACUUCGAGCAGCUGAAUCGACGCCUGCGCCGCCACUUCAGCCGAGACAUGGCGGGGGUCUCUUUCCCCCGGAAACAGCUGUGGCACAACUUCACCCCCGCCACCAUCGCCAAGCGCAGCCGGGCGUUUGAACAGUUUCUCUCCCGCCUGCACGCCUCGCCGGAGAUCCGCCGCUCCGCCACGUUCCUGGAAUUCUUCUUCCUGGACAGCCUGCAGGGGGCGCAGCGCUUGACCGGCAAGGGCCUCUACCCCGAGGCCUUGGCCACCUGGCUGACCUCGCGGCGGCUGCAGGAGAAACUGGGCGCCUGCCGCUCGGGGCAUUACUUGCUGACGCUGGCCGGCCUGACCGUCUGCCAUCAAGAGCUGGAGCAGUGGGCAGAGGCCUACGGGGCGUGCCAGCAGGCCCUGCAGCAGCUGGAGGGCCAGCAGAGCCACCCCCUCCUGGCUGCCCUCCUGCAGACCCACAUCCACCUGGCCUGGGGGCUGGGCAAGGACAAGCAGCAGGCAGAGACCCGCCUGCGCGGCCUGCGGGAAGCCGGGGAGGGCAAACAGCCACCACCCACUUUGAAGGAGCUGCUGCUCAAACAGCCGCUGCCCUGACCCCCUGCCAAGGGAGGGGAGCUGCCGGGAAGUGGGGG